GCCGCAGAGGGCGCUAAGUGGAGAGUGCCGAGGCCGAGAGCGUUAGUCAGGGCUGCGUGCGAUAGUGUUCGUUUAUUUUUGAGGGCCUCCUGGAUCGGAAAAUGGAGAAGCGGAGGCGGUUUCGCAUGCCAUCAUGUUGGGGGGCUCGUGUCUAGUGUUCCGACUGCCAUUGCACGUCCAUCGAGUUCUGUGACCACGUCGUGGGGGGUGGAGGUGCGCGCAACCGGCGGACGUACGCCCGCCUUCUGAAGAAAUGCUGUAAUGGCAAGAGAGGAGUCGCGCGGAAAGAGACCCUUCAAGCUAUGGGACGGGCGGCGUAGCGUGCGCAAGGGGCUGGUGGUGGGGAGUUUGGAAGAGCUGGUGCAGCGGGGCCGGGACAAGCUCGGCGUUUCCAUUAAUGAACCCGUGAGAUUGGUCUUGGAAAGCGACGGUACCCAGGUGGAAGAUUUUGAGUAUUUUCGAACUUUACCUGCAAACACCAUCCUCUUGUUGCUGCGACCUGGAGAACGCUGGCUACCCGCUGGAGUCGAUGUCAUAAGAGCAGUAGCAAUCUCGGCGAUACCGAAGAUCGUAUGCGAGACGAUCCAUGCUUUGGAGCUGCACGAUGAGACGCCCUCUUGGAAGAUCAUGGACAACAAGGGUCGAGUCACUGUUGUCUUACAUUGGGACCAGAGGUCUGGGCCGUCACGGGCUUCCUCCUCGGAGACCCCGUCGCCAGCCCCAGGCAAGUUCUCGCCGAGCAAGCGACCGUCUCUCGUAAUCCAGACAUCCCUUCCAGGCGGAGGUAAGAAGGAAACGCUGAUCAACGAUAUUUACGCACCGCCGCAGCCCCGAUACUCGAGUCCCCAAAUCACUGUGAUAAAUCACGACGACGUGAAGCCACCACACCGGCUGCUGAAGCAGGGUAGCUCUUUGGAGAGCGCCGGCAUCCAUAUACACACCCCGGAAUGCGCCCAUCACGCCCACAUGCCGCGCGCCGGCAGCCCGCAGAGCAACGGAGCCAUCGAGUGCGACUUCCAUUGUUGCGCCCUACACGAAGAGGGUCGCAAGAUCGCCGUCCACAAGAGCGUGGCCACCUCGCCCAUACAGGAUGCGAUGCAGCAGACGUCGCCGCAACCGCCCUCCUCACGCCACGUCCGAUUCCUGGACAUCGAGGGUGGAGCAGAGCGCGAGCACCGACACGAGCGGAACAACGAGCACGAGAGCUCCGAGAGCGAAACCGAGAACACGGUGAUGGAGGACGAGGCCAUCACCUCCGAGAAGUUCCUGCUGCUCAUCGACCAGCUCAGCGUCGACCAGAAGAACCACUUGAGCAUCAAGGACAUCGGUAUCAUCCUCGAACGGCUCAGCUCGAAGAUCCUGGACGUCGAGCGGCUGGACAGGGAGAGCGAGAGCGACGAUUGCUACAACUGGACGAUUAAGGCCACCAUCCGCGGCGACGUGCUGCGCGAACUCGGAGUCAUCUACAACGGAAACUACUACGCCAUCUCCGAGCACCCCGGAUACAAGGAGGAAAACGAAGACGGUGUCGACGAGGUCGAAGAAGAGGAAGAGGAGGAGGACCGGCUGUGAAAACAAUUCGAAACUGCCAAAACACAUACAUAACCGAGAAGUUCGUCUUAACAAAGAGAGAAAAAGAGAAGCAACAAAACUCUAUACAAAAAAAACAGUGUGCACAUAUCUCUAAGAAGAGUGAAGAAGAGCGCACCAUUAAAAAAAAAUCAUAAUAAAAA